AUGAGAAGUGCUCAAAGAAACAGUAUCAUCACGUCGAAGCGGGAUGCAAGAGACAAGGCGCUGUCUUUGGCUGGCCCUUAUUCGGUGAACGAUUACGAUAUCUAUACUAAAUCAACAGCCAGCGAAAUUGUGCAAAGGAUAGCCAAAGGAGAAUGGACCUCUUCUCAAGUCCUCGAGGCAUACAUUGCAAGAGCCGCCGUUGCUCAAGCCGAGACGAAUUUCCUAUUUGAGGAUGCCCGUAAGCAAGCGAAGGAGCUUGACGCAGAAUUUGCAAGCACACGGCAAGUGCGGGGACCUUUGCAUGGCGUUCCAGCGAGCUUCAAAGAUCAAUAUGAGAUCCAGGGACACGACGCAACUAUUGGGUUCACCGCGUGGGCCAACAAGCCGAGUACAAAAGACGCUUUCCUCGUCGCCCAAUUCAAAGCUGCUGGCGCCAUUGUUAUCGCGAAGACCAACGUACCACAGACGAUGUUCGCGUUCGAGUGCUCUAAUCCUCUCUGGGGUCGUACCACGAACCCAUGGAACAACCAGUAUACAUGUGGAGGCAGCUCGGGUGGAGAGGCGGCUUUGCUUGCCAUGGACGGAUCUACCAUCGGUGUUGGUUCUGAUGUUGGAGGAAGUCUACGCAUUCCGGCAUCGUAUUGCGGCAUUUACUCGCUAAAGCCGUCGGCUGACCGUGUCAGCUCUAUCGUUGUUAAAUCUGCUGCUGGCUAUUUCUUGACCAUUUCUAGGUCUGUCCAGGACUGUGAAUUGUUCUGCAGAACUAUUUUUGGUCAACAGGACCCGUCUUACACGAUUGUUCCUUUGCCGUACCGACCCGUCGAACUCUCCGCCAAGCUUCGCUUUGGUUAUUACCUGUCAGAUGACAUGACGCAAACAUCACCUGUAUGCCAGCGAGCAGUACUGGAGACGGUCUCAGCACUCAGGAAGCAGGGACAUGAAUGUCUCGAGUUUACAUCUCAUCUGAACACUACUGCGAUGGAGGUCUUCAUCGGACUCGUCACAUCUGACGGUUAUAAAAAGAUGCUGUCAUAUUUGGAUUCUGACCCUCCGGAGAGCAGUCUGUUCCUGACAACCUUGGGCCCCAGAUUACCUUCCUUCAUACGUAACUUGGUGUCCUGGAUCGCUAAUACGUUCAUGGGUGACGCGCUCAUGUCGCGUUUCUUCUCUCUGUCACGAGAGAAAUCUGUCUUGGAAUUCACGGAUUUGACAGACGAACGAAACAAAGUUUCUGCUGCGUGGUAUGAAGAGGUAUGGGAUAAAUACAGUUUUGAUGGAAUCAUCGCACCUGUACAGGCGCUUCCAGUGAUCCCUCAUGGGGGUUCCGUAUACUUGUCCCCGCUUGCAGCCGCGACCAUCAUGUACAAUGUCGUCGAUUCUCCUGUCGGCAUCAUACCAGUAACGCGCGUCGACCCAGAUACCGACCAGCUACCAGCAGACUUCGAGCCAGGCGCCUCCGGCCGAUCAAAAGUAUUCGAUUCGCGCAUGUACCUGGGAAAAAAGCCCGUUUACGAUCCUAAAGCCAUGGAAGGCAUGCCUGUUGGCGUUCAGAUCGUAGGUAAGAAAUGGGAGGAUGAGAAGGUCCUUGCGAUGAUGCAUGUUGUCGACGAGGCUCUUGGACCUAGGGGAUUCGGUCCAGGUAGUUGGAAACCGAGAACGACAAAUUGA